AUGAUGAAGAUGGUGAAAAGCUUAGUGAUACUUAUGGUGAUCAUCAUGAGCAUGCAUGUUGGUGGGUACGUGAUGGCAGCUGGUGAAUGCGUUAGAGGCAGAUGCCCCGGAGGACUGUGCUGUAGCAAGUUCGGCUUCUGUGGCAGCGGACCUGCGUAUUGUGGAGGUGCGGCGGAGCAGGCUGAAGCUCACCCGGCUUCUGUGGCAGCUGGUGAAUGCGUUAGAGGCAGAUGCCCCGGAGGACUGUGCUGUAGCAAGUUCGGCUUUUGUGGCAGCGGACCUGCGUAUUGUGGAGGUGCGGCGGAGCAGGCUGAAGCUCACCCGGCUACUGAUCAAGUAUUUGAGACUACCAAAAUUCCUUCUGCUGCAGAUAAACCUGCAUCUCCUUGA